UCAAUCCUCGCUUGCAGCACUUCUGACGAACCUGCCUUCUCAACGUGCCGUUGACGUCGCCACCGAGCGGUCAAUGCCGUGGCGACUGUGUUGCACUCGCAGAAUGAGCGACUUGGGGCGCGUGCCACUGGCGUAGAUGACUUGCUCAGAAGUACAGUCCUUGUUUCUCUUACACAUGGAGCAGUGACUCCUUUAGGUGCCAUGUAACAGAGUUACCGUCCAUCGUCCCCCUCCACCGAGCCGUUCCAAGCAGUGAAACAUGGGUCUCAAUGGCCUCCGCAACCAGGUCCUUGGUACCGACUUCCCUAACCUCGCCACUCUGCUCAGCUCCACGAACUGACACUUGCCCAGCCAACGCCGCCGAACUAAUGCUCCACCAAAACCCCUCCAACCUCGAUCUCGACCGGGUGAAGCAGCAUCAGCUCCUGAUCCGCCGCAGCGACAAAGGCUACAAAGGCGUCAUCAUUGGUGGCGACCGGGUGCUUCGGCUGGAAGGGCCCGAGGGUCAUUCCGCGCUGCAAGCGCUGGAGUUAUUGCUCGAGUUGACAGCGGAGUUGCUGGAGGGGUGUUGUGAGGUGUGGGAGUACCCGUUUCGAGAGGGUGAAGACGGGCAGGGGGAGGAGGUUCGGUGUUUUGACGACGGAGCAAGGGUUGUGGUUGGAAAGGGUGGCGAAGAUGGGAGUUUCGAGAUUGCUCGCAGAGGGUGAGAUGUUCGCCGGCGGACUCACACCGACUCGCACACGUCGAAAGCUCACGAAGAGUCUUGGUGAGUUCUUUAGGUUGGGUUGUUUCUGCGACCACUGCGUGCUAGUCGUGGCGACGAGUCAGACUCCGCCACUCCACAGUUCC